UUCGUCGGGAUCGGACGCUUUUUUAUGGUAUAGUUGUGUUGUGCACGGUUGCAUAAAAAGUGCAGUUUAGUGUGUUGGGUGGCUGAUCAAGUGAUCUGAGUGUAUUUGUUUUAUUUGCAACCUCACGGGGAUGCAUAUGGCUCAUGUUAGGUGUUGCACCGAAACGAAGUGCAUUCACUUUCACCUGAGUAUGAACAAGAAAAAACUCUUUCGAUAAAUUCCUUUCAUCAGAUUGAUGGAAUAAGGAAAAAGAUACGUGUAAUAAUAAUUGCGAAAAUUUAUUUUUAAAAUAAGAUGCUGUGCACCGAUUCGCUAGAACUGGGCCGUGUCACCGUCGGUCGGUUUGUUGAACGUUGAACGCGACGCCGCGUUCUAGUUUUACAAUUUUAGUUUUCAUCUUACAUUCUGCGGUUUAUGUGUGCGUUGUGGAAAUCGUAUGUGGUUUUUCGUAUCUCUUUUGAUUGCGUAGCAAAAAUAACCUUGAGUGAUUCGUGCUAUGAACAAGUUUUCAAGUUGAGGCUGGACAUUUUUGCUCACUUUCCCUAUCCAUUAAUUGCAAUGUAUCUAUGUUGUGUAUCCGUGUUAAAGUUCAGCUUUCCAGUUUUACUAGUAGUGUGAGUUCUUCAAGCAAUUGAACAACAAUUAUUGGAAAUGUCACAAUCUGGUUCGUGGUUAUGGAUGUAAUACCGUUUGGUAGUAUGUAUUAUGUUUAUAUCCGAUCACUGCGGGAAGUUUCAAGAAAUUUAAGUCGACCAAAAAGUUAAGCGCGGCCAUGUUUUAUCCGUUAAAGAAAUUUUUUUGAAGUGUGCAUCCGCCGAAUUCGGUUUUCUAUUAGGGUCCAUCAGUGUGCCAAGUGAAUUGCAUUAGUAAUGUCAUAUAGGUGGAAAUGUAACAAGUCAGUGGUAUGUCAGUCAACGAUUUGUCAGUGUAGUGCAGUAUCUGCCAUUAAUUAUUUAAAUGUGUAUCGAACCGAAUAAAGUGGUUAAAUACUUUCAAAUGAGAUUGGUUAGUGGAAAACAAGGAAAUAUUAGCAGCAGCAGGUGUUGCAGAAGAAGCUGAUAUUGAAAGUCAAUCGGAAGCGAUUCCAACUAGUGCGCGCUGAUCGUGAGCUGGCUGCUAGAAAUAGAAUGCAACAUGCGAAAAAUGUUCCGAUGUUUUAAAAUGUUAUAUCAAGUGCAUAUAUGUAGCAGUGCAAGAGCUCGUUGUGAAAUUUUGCUGAUAUCGUUGGUUCGAAAAGCUAUCCAUCGCCAAGGGUGGUUGUGCGAUAAAACGUAACAGUCGAGUAGCAUGAAGUUCGAAUAUAUCGCACUGAAGACCGCCGAAGAAGUUAGCAGUGCAGUACAGUGGAAUCUUCCGGUUCAUUACCACCAGCAAGUUAACGUUAGAAACGGCUGGCGAGGCCGCAGCAUUAGGUGUAAACGGUGUUGUUCUUCACGUGCUGGAUGUGAAUUAAUGUUCGUUGCAGUUGUUGUGAUUAUUCUAAUCAGUUUCACCGUGAUGAUCGGUGGUGACGUAUUUACCGUUGGGUAUAUUACCGGGUCACAGAGACGUCCGGGUGAUCGGGAGUACGCGAGACCAGGGCUGCAGAUUUCUGGCGCAAUCACACUGGCUACGGAGGAGGUGAACGAGCUAUUCUUUAAACGACACGGACAUAAGCUGCAGUUCGAAGUAGCGGAAACGUAUGGUGAGGAAGUUUCUAGUAUUAGGAAAACCGCAGAUCUCUGGACGAACGAUGUGAUAGGCUACAUAGGGCCACAGGAAACCUGUGUUCACGAGGGCAGGAUGGCAGCGGCUUUCAAUUUACCAAUGAUUUCUUAUUUUUGCACGCACAAUGAGACUUCCAACAAAAAGCAUUUCCCAACGUUUGCCAGAACCAGACCACCUGAUCUACAAAUUUCAAAGUCAGUAGUGUCGUUAUUGUUAGCUUGCAAUUGGACACAGGUCACGUUUUUCUAUCGUGCUUCUGAUGACGCGGAAUAUGAUGCGGUCGCUGAAACUUUGAAAACCACCCUGAAAUCGAAUGGUGUUAGGAUUAGAGCGGUUCGCACAUGGAGUACAAUCUACCACCACGGCUACUCAUCAAACCCUUUCGAUCGGCUGGUCGAUGAAACAUUUAUGGAAACUAGAAUAUAUCUGGUGCUUGGUCAUCACGACGAACAUAUUGGCCUGUUGGUGAGCUUGUGGCGGAAGGAGCUGCUAGCUGCAGGCGAGUACUUUGUAGUCGGAGUCGAUCUCGAGCAGUACGACGCUGCCCUGCCAAAGAAGUAUAUGCAUGGGCUGCUGCAACCCGAACCGGAUCGGGAAACUGUACAGGCGUUGCAACACUACCUCGGUGUCGUGCCAUCGGCUCCCAUCAUGUUUGAAGAAUUUGCUGUUAAGGUAAACAAAUACCUGGAGCUUCCGCCGUUCAACUAUCGUAAUCCACUUGUUUAUUUCGGAGGCGUUAAACAGAUUCGCGCCGAGGCAGCCUAUCUGUACGAUGCGGUCCAUUUGUAUGCUAAUGCAUUGCUUCGAGUUCUGCUAGACGGUGGCAACCCUAAAAAUGGCACAGCAAUUAUCGAAGCAAUCAAGGGUCGAGCUUAUGUGAGUGCCAUGGGAUAUUUAAUACAUAUCGACGAAAACGGCGAUGCUACAGGGAAUUAUACCAUUUUAGCUAGGAAACCCAUCCCGUCUACUUCGUCGGAGAGAGAAUAUGGACUAGUUCCGGUGGGGCGCUUUAGCACACCAAAUGCUAAUCAGGCCACGGAUAUAAAACUUUUCGAUACUAUCGAGUGGGUGGGGUCAGGACCACCCAUUGCCGAGCCACUUUGCGGUUUUCGUGGUGAGAAGUGUAUAAGUUACACUGGAGAAAUUUCUGCAGGAGUUGCCGGCGGUGCUUUGCUAUUGCUGGGAGUCGUUUCUCUAGUGUUGUAUCGAAACUGGCGCUACGAGCAAGAGUUGGACAGUUUACUAUGGAAAGUGGAUUUUAAGGACAUUCAGAUGCAUGAAAACGAGAAAGAAACUGCCGGUCAAAAGUUGACAAGGACCACACAUCCGUUGGUGCGCACUAGUCAAGCGAGCCUUAGCUCUAAUCCGGAUACCGACUUUCGAUAUUCAACGAUUUUCACCCCUAUUGGACUGUACAAGGGGCAACUGUACGCAAUCAAGUAUGUUCGCAAGAAAAGUAUUGACAUUACCCGAGAAAUGAAGAAAGAGCUCAAACUGCUGCGUGAUAUGCGACACGAUAAUCUGAACGCGUUCAUCGGAGCAUGUACCGAUCCACCAAACAUUUGCAUCAUCACCGACUACUGUACAAGAGGAAGUUUAAAGGAUGUACUGGAAAACGAAGAUGUAAAGCUGGACAACAUGUUUACCGCAUCGUUAGUGGCCGAUAUUCUGCGUGGCAUGAUUUACUUACACGACUCACCGCUGCAUUUCCAUGGAUCGUUGAGAACCUCGAAUUGCCUAAUAGAUUCGAGAUGGGUAGUCAAAUUGAGCGAUUUUGGACUAUAUGCAUUUAAGCAGGGAGCAGAGGAUGUUCCUGGGGAGAAGAAGAAAUUUGAGGAAAAAUCCGAAAAGCUUCUCUAUCGAGCACCGGAGCUUUUACGUGCUGGACCAUCGUACUGCGUUGCUGGGACUCCAAAAGGAGAUAUUUAUUCUUUUGGUAUAGUUUUAUACGAGAUAUUCACUCGUAGAGGUCCAUUCGGGGAAAUCGAAUGCACCGCAGCGGAAUGUCUUAAACGGAUAUUGCAUCCUUUAGACCCAAAUACACCGUUUCGACCAGCUAUCCAACCGCUGGAAACUUCCUUCGAUUGUGUUCGUGAAUGUUUGAAGGAAUGUUGGGCAGAAAAGCCAGAAGAUCGACCAGAUUUCAAAAUUAUCAGAAAUAAACUACGGGUAUUGCGAAAGGGUAUGAAACCGAAUAUAUUUGAUAAUAUGAUGGCCAUGAUGGAAAAGUACACAAAUAACCUAGAACAGCUAGUGGAUGAACGAACAGAUCAACUGCAGGAAGAAAAGAAAAAGACGGAAGCCCUGCUGUUAGAGAUGCUACCGAGGCCAGUAGCUGAACAGCUAAAAAGAGGGCACAAGGUUGAGGCUGAGAGCUACGAUCUAGUCACGAUAUAUUUUAGCGACAUCGUUGGAUUCACAUCGAUGUCUGCAGAAAGUACUCCACUGCAAGUGGUAGACUUUUUAAAUGAUCUUUACACAUGUUUUGAUUCCAUUAUCGGCCAUUACGAUGUAUAUAAGGUGGAAACAAUUGGCGAUGCUUAUAUGGUGGUCUCUGGACUUCCGAUUCGCAACGGAUUAACGCAUGCUGGGGAAAUUGCUUCGAUGUCUCUUCAGCUGUUGGAUGCUGUCUCCGAGUUCAAAAUUCGUCACAGGCCAGACGAUCGGCUGUAUUUGAGAAUCGGUAUCCACUCAGGUCCAGUAUGCGCAGGAGUCGUCGGUCUGAAAAUGCCUCGCUAUUGCCUUUUCGGGGAUACUGUGAAUACAGCUUCACGUAUGGAAUCAACUGGACUGCCAUUGAAAAUCCACUGUAGCCUACAAACCAAAGAAAUUCUUGAUUCACUUGAAGGGUACCAUUUCGAAGAUCGGGGAUUGAUUUCGAUGAAAGGGAAAGGCGAGCAGCGAACUUUUUGGCUCGUUGGAGAGGAUCCUGAGGCAAGAGCUAAACGAACCCAGGAACGGUCUGAAAGGCGAGGGUCACGUGCACUGAAUAAAUAUCUCGGAAUGCUAAAAAGUCAAAACAGCCUUGCGGGAGUACGAAGUUCACUGAAAAAUCGUGCCAUAGCACAACGUAGUUCACUGCCACGUUCAUCUAGUCUAGAGUCACCAAAAAGACUGAGAUUUGCAAGUGGGUCUAUGCUGGAGCAACACCGCUAUCAUCGUUACAGCGAUGACGCUUUGAUGGAAGUGAUAUCCGACAGCAGCACUCGCAAAUCUGACAAUAGUUUAGCUGACACAGAGGAUAUCACCUCAUCAUGCCCGUGCAUUGACCACCUCGGAAUGAACAGUGACCGGUUUCUCAUUCAGUCCUGCCCUACGGUCACGACGCCUCUGCUUACUAACACUAUUUCUACCUAAUUAUAAGUAAGCUCAACUACCUAUAGAGAGAUAAAUUGAUGUGUAAUAAGCCGUAUCUAGUCAUGAAGUGUAAAACAGUCAUUCAUGUUUAAGUCGAUGUGAUAAAAUGUAAUCAAUACCUACUUAAUAAAGUAAAGCAGGAAAACACGAAGAAAGAUGUAAGACAAUUAGUUUCCUAUGAAAACCCAGAAGGCUAGUGUUGAGAUUUGCACUUUGGCCAAAAGUUGGCUGGAAAGUAAACGAUCCAAAUCAUGUACCAGGUAUUUGAAAAUAAUCAUUGGUGGAAUCUAAUUCUGUACUUAUUUCAAUAAACUAUUUUAUUUGAUGUGAAA